AUGAAUUUUAUAUCCUCCUUCUAUCUCUCCUUCUUCUUCUCCUCCCCUUUUUUUCUUCUGUUCCCUUCUUCAUUGUUUUCCUUCUAUCCUUCGUCUUUUCAUGAAUUCCUUCCGUCCGCCUUGUUUUUCCUUUCUAUAAUUCCUGCUCUCACUUCUCUCCCCCUUUACUCCUCUCAUCAGUUUCACAUUCGCUUCCUUCUUUCUCUUUUUCUUCCUCUCUAUCUUUUACAGCAGUGUUUCUCGACCGUCUUGCUAUUUUCUGAUACUUAUGUGGAUCUUCCUUCCUAUUUUUCUAUGUUUCGCUUUACAUCUGCUAUCUUUCCUUCUGCUACUAUUCUUUCUUCUGUUUUCCUCUUCCCUUCUCCUCUUCCCUUCUCCUCUUCCCUUCUUCUCUUCCCUUCUUCUCUUCCCUUAUCCUCUUCCCUUCUCCUCUUCCCGUCUUCUUUUCCCUUCUCCUCUUCCUUCUCCUCUUCCCUUCUCCUCUUCCUUACUCCUCUUCCUUACGCCUCUUCCUUACUUCUCUUCCCUUCUCCUAUUCCCUUCUCCUCUUCCUUACUCCUCGUCCCUUCUCCUCUUCCUUCCACCUCUUCCCUUCUCCUAUUCCUUACUCCUCUUCCCUUCUCCUCUUCCCCCUUUCCUCUUCCUUACGCCUCUUCCUUACUUCUCUUCCCUUCUCCUAUUCCCUUCUCCUCUUCCUUACUCCUCGUCCCUUCUCCUCUUCCUUCCACCUCUUCCCUUCUCCUAUUCCUUACUCCUCUUCCCUUCUCCUCUUCCUUACUCCUCUUCCUUACGCCUCUUCCUUACUUCUCUUCCCUUCUCCUAUUCCCUUCUCCUCUUCCUUACUCCUCGUCCCUUCUCCUCUUCCUUACUCCUCUUCCUUACGCCUCUUCCUUACUCCUCUUCCCUUCUCCUAUUCCCUUCUCCCAAUUUCUAGGUCUUUCUUUUCUAACUGCUCCUUCGUUAUUUUAUUCUCUUCUCUUCUUCCACCCCCCCCCACCUCCAUGA